UGAGGAUACAUGAGCUUUUCUGUUUAGUAUCGGGGAUAUAACCCUUAUAUGUAGGAGUAUUUACCCAUCAUACCUUAUCAGUAAAAAUCAUUUGUCCUUAUCACCAGAGGAAAAUUAAUGUACAGGGUAUAUAGCAUUUAAGUUUAUGUAUACAUGAGUGUCCUUGCGCUGUGCUGGGUUGAAGUAAGUUGGCCGUGACUUUAUAUUAUUGGAUUUACGCUGUAUCCUCAAUGGCCAAUAUCCUGUGACAUUUUGUGUAGUCUCCAUGGAUAAAAUGUAUUUACAGAUGUCCAAUAAGGGUUAUAAACAUACCCACCUGGAGGAGGAGGAUGAGGCCUCGGAAGCCAGCGCCCCAGGGGUCCUGAACUUUGAGACGGGGGUGGUGGUGCGGAGCAGCAUCUUCUCCUGGCAGCGUAAGACCUUGCUGGAGCGUAUACUGAUCGUUCUAUGCUUACUGUUGAUCCUCACUGUCAUCAUCAUGUCCAUCGUCCUGGCAACCAAAUCCUCCACUCACCAGGCUGAUCAAGAGGCGUCAAAGCAACAAAAGUUACAGAUUUGUAAAGAAUGUGGAAAUAUCAUUCCCAUCAUUAAAACAAACUACACAAAGAACUGCCCCACCUCGACCACCCCCGCCACCCCCAACCCAGCUCCCCCAUGUCACAAGCCCCCGUCAGUGUGUGUCACCCCAGCCUGUGUUACAGUGGCGGCCUCCAUUUACAAUGCCAUGGACACCACCGCUGACCCCUGUGAAGAUUUCUAUCAGUAUGCCUGUGGGGGUUGGGUGGACAGUCACCCCAUACCCUCAGGACACUCCCGCUGGGGGACGUUUAAUGUUCUGUGGCAGGAGAAUCAAAUCGUAUUAAAAAAGGUUAUAGAAAAACCACUGAACCAAACAGCAAGUUUGGCUGAAAUCAAAGCUCAGAAAUAUUACGAAUCUUGUAUGGACCGCAAUAAAACAAUAGAGAAGCUGGGAGCCCAGCCAGUCAGGGAACUACUAGCGGGUAUUGGGGCCUGGCCAAAGCUGAAUGAAACCAAAGUCUUAGACAUCCAGGGAAUGGUGGAGAAAAUCAAGGCCUACGGGAUUGGAGUUCUGUUUGCUAUUUGGGCUGGAGUGGAUGAUAGGAAUUCAUCAGUCAAUAUUUUACAAAUUGACCAGGGAGGUUUAGGAUUGCCAGAAAGACAGUAUUAUCUCAAUGAAUCUGACAGAAAGGUAUUAGAUGCCUACUUGGACUACAUGACAAAGGUUGGAGUAUUGAUGGGAGGCGAAGAGAACAUUACAAGGAAACACAUGCAGGACGUGAUAGCCUUUGAGACUGAGCUGGCUAAUAUCACAGUACCUAGUGAGGACAGGCGAGAUGAGGAGAAAGGGGGGUGGGAGAUACAUGUAAUAAUGGAGGUAGUUAUAAGUCAUUUGAAUUGGACCCGGUUUUCCAGUAAAAUGAUGUUGGUGACAAACAUUACAUUAUCUCCAGCAGAACCCAUUCUGUCCUUUUCAUCUGACUUCCUCAGAAAAAUGUCUUCUCUAAUCACCACAAAGUUAAGCACAGAAAAAGGCAGGAGGACAUUACAUAACUACCUCCUGUGGCAUGUAGUCAGUUCUCUGACAUCAUACCUGUCAAAGCCAUUCAGAAAUGCCAAGAAAAUUCUGACAGAGGCACUAUCAGGGACGACUGGUGGUGAGGAGCUGUGGAGGUACUGCAUUACAGAUACAGAUGGGGUGGUUGGCAUGGCUCUGGGGGCCAUGUUUGUCAGAGAGGCCUUCAAAGGGGACAGCAAACAAAAGGCAGAAAAAAUGGUAAAUGAGGUCAAAGAUGCUUUUAAAAAGAAUCUUCCAAAUCUUUCAUGGAUGGAUGAUGAGACACGACAGGCAGCAAAGGAUAAGGCUAAUUCUGUGAUUGACCUCAUAGGAUUUCCUGCUUAUAUUAACAAUGUUUCACUUCUCAAUGAGGAAUACGCAGAUUUAGAGGUUACGUCAGAUGAGUACUUCCAAAACAACAUCAGGAAUUUCUUGUUUGCCGUCAAGAAAGACCUGCAGACCCUGAGGUCCAAACCAAAGAAAAAUGAAUGGGAUAUGACUCCACCGACAGUGAAUGCUUAUUACACCCCCACCAAAAAUGAGAUUGUUUUCCCAGCUGGAAUUUUGCAAGCACCGUUUUAUGAGAUAGACUAUCCCAAAUCACUGAAUUUUGGUGCCAUGGGAGUGGUGAUGGGGCAUGAACUGACUCAUGGAUUUGAUGAUCAAGGAAGAGAAUUUGAUAAAUAUGGAAAUCUCCAUCCUUGGUGGAAUAAUCAGUCCAUAAUAAACUUUCAGAACAGGACACAGUGUGUUAUUGACCAGUACUCACAAUAUAAACUGGGCGAAAAUCAUGUAAGCCAGAGAGAAUUUUUGGACUAUAUUUGUAGCUUUUUGCAGGUUUCCAUGGCAACAGUAGCCAUUUUAUUGAAUGACCACACAACACAACUACAACCAGUGAUCCUCCUUUGGAAAGUUCACACACAGGUGUGGUGUUCUGCAAGUACAAAGGAAGCUGACCAUUUACAGAUUCUGACUGACCCCCACAGUCCAGCAAUCUACAGAGUAAUAGGAACUUUAUCCAACUCUAAGGAAUUUGCUGAGCAGUAUAAAUGUCCAGCUAAUUCAAGGAUGAAUCCCAAGAAAAAGUGUGAGGUCUGGUAGAAAGGAAGAUAACUCUACACCAUGUGGCUUUCUAUAAUAAGCACAAUGUUAUGUUAAAGCACAUGUUAUUUCUUAGUGACCAUGUUAUUGAAUGGUGAAAAACUGUGGGUUCUUUUUUGGGGAUUUACUGGUGCUUUUUAAGAGCAAUUUUGAACAAACAUUUUGAGUUUAUAUACAAAGCUGUUUGAUUUAUAAUUUUGAUAUGUUUAUGAUUGAAAUAAGAUUUUUUUCAUAUAUGCCAUGUACAUAUAUGCUAUAUGUUUCUUAUUUUAUACAUACAGUUGGUAUCUCGAGCACAGGUAUUUCAAAUACCAUGGAUACCAAAGUGAUUUGGAGGUCAAACCACCCAUUUUUUUUUAGUAUUUUACUCUUAAUAUUUUGAAUUGUCAGAUAUUUUGAAUUUUUUCUUGGUCCCAUCGAGUUCAGAAUAACAUGGUUUGACUGUUUUAAAAAUCAUUGGUACAUUUUACAGUUCUUUUAAUUUUGUGAUCAUUAAAUUUCUCAGUUUAAGAUACUUUCAAUUUUAGAAACUAUUCAUUUGAAACUUACAAGGAUAAAGUCAAGUUAAGUUGUUGUUAUUAAGAUAAAACUUUUUUUUUUAAAUAUUGACAACUACUGUAGAUGUACUUUUUUUCCACGGGGUCAUAAUUCUGUGGAAUCUCAAUUUCUGUUUAAUCCGCAGGUAGAAAAUUACGCAGAUUUCCUAGGCUGUCACUAUAUGCCUUUCAUGUAUAUUAAGAACGCUCGGACAAAUUUCCAAAUUUGUGACCGCGUACAUAGCGUAAAUCAAUACCAUGCGGAAAAAAAGUACUUCUACAGUAUUCUAAGUUAUGUAGGGAAACUAGGGUAUUUAAGUGCAUGGCACAUAUAUGAUGUACCCAUAUUUCAAAUGUGAAUGCAGACAUUGAUAUGUGCACAAUAUUCACAAUGGCCGAAUGUUUGCUGUAAUUUUUUUAUAUUAUAAACAUGGUGAAAUUAAAACCAUUGUAAUGUAUUUAGUUUUUACAUUAUCAUGUACAUAUGUACAAUGAUCACAUUGGUGUACAAUAAUUGCUUCAUAAGAUAAUUUAUAUUUAAUUGGCAUUCUUCAACACAUCAUAGGAUAUAAAAUCCCAAACUCAACUUACAUUGUACAAUUCUAGUUUAUUUUAAAACUGAAUACGGUAUUUUUGAUUUAUGUGAUCCAGGGUAAAUGUAUACAAAAUCUAAAGGUCUGAAAUUUAUCAAGUUUGAUGAUAAAUUUGAUGACUAGUCAUUUCAGAUGAUUAUUUAUUUUCUGUGUAUUGUUAGAGUAUCUGUAGAGAUUUCAGAGUUGGAUUUUGUCUCAGACCUUCAAUACAAUGUUAUUGUUUAUUAAGGUCUUCCGACUUCCUUCGGAAGACCUUAUUGUUUUC